AUGUACCUUCGAUGCGCCGUCCACGACACCCCGAAGCAAGGGCGCAAGUGGCUGCCGGUGGCGGAAUUUUGGUACAAGUCCACGCUUCACUCGUCGCUCAAGUGCUCUCCCUUCAAGGUGCUCUACGGCAUCGACCCCAACCUGGGGGGCUUGCCACACUUCGACUCCGCCAUGCCAGCGGACGCACCAACGGGCGAGCUGUACUGGGGUGCGCACACUGAUCGGCUUCACGCACAACUUGCCCGUGCCCAGGCAAGCUUCAAGAAGCAGACAGACCUCCACCGGGCGGUGCGAGCGUUCGACGUUGGGGAACAGGUACUGCUCAAGCUACAACCGUAUGAUCAGUCUUCGAUCGUCAAUCGCCCCUGCCGGAACCUCUCCUACAAGUUCUACGGUCCGUUCAUGGUGGCCGAACGGAACGGUACACUGGCGUAUCGCCUGCAACUGCCGGCAGAUUGCCGCAUCCAUCCGGUAUUCCAUGUUUCCCAGUUGAAGCCUGUCAUUCCUGAUUACACCCCUGUCUUCUCUGAACUACCACGAGUACUUGAGCUGGUCACCGGCGAGGCGGAGCCCAUGGCCAUCUUGGAGCGUUGCAUGAUGAAGGAAGGGGACAUGCCAAUCAUCCAGCUACAAGUGUAA